AUGUCGCACCCUUCAACCUUGCUUCCUCACCACCACCACCACCACCACCACCAGGAUGAUAACCUUCAACAACCACCACCAUCCAAUCACACUCUUGAAAAUUCUCAUCAUCAUCAUCACCAAGACAAUAACUUGGAAACAUCUCUUCCCAAUGGCAUCAUCAUGAUGAACAGUAGUAAUACUGAACCUACUCCUUCUUCCAAUGACAUGAUGAACAGUAGUAAUACAAAUAAUACUACUAGUACAAAUAAUACUACUAGUACAAAUAAUACUACUAGUACAAAUAAUACUACUAGUACAAAUAAUACUACUAGUACAAAUAAUACUACUAGUACAAAUAAUACUACUAGUACAAAUAAUACUACUAGUACUACAACUCACAUUCGAAAUCAAAAUUCUCCUCCUCAUCAUCAUCAUCACUACAUCAAUGACCAAAUCAAUGACCAUGAUGAUCACGACUAUUUAAAUACAAUGACAGUCAAUGUAACAAGUGAAUCAAAUUCUUCCUCUUCUUCCUCCUCUAAUUCUACUUUAUCUGUCAUUAAAAUUCUCAAAGUCAAUCAAUUAGAUUCGGAUCGAUUAGAUUUAGAAAUUGAAAAUUAUUUAUUAAAUUAUGUGAAAAGAGUAUUUAAACAUUUUAGAAUGUGUGAAUACUAUGAACCUGAAAUUAUGUUAUUCAUUAGAAUAUUCAUCUAUAAAUAUUCUAUUUAUGAUAAUAAUCAAACAUUUGGAGAUCGAAUUCAAAAUUUAAAAUAUUCAAAUACUGAAAUGAAAGACCCAAAUAUUCUCUCCAAGUAUUUAUAUGGUAUUGCAUCUAUUGGUAUUCCAUAUUUGUAUGAAAGAAUAGGCAAAAGUCAAUAUUUAAAUAUUGAAUAUUUAAAGAAAUUUGAAUAUUAUUACAAAACAUUAGAAUUUAUUAAUUUUAUCAUAUUUCUCUAUCAAGGAAAAUAUAAAUCUCUCAUUGAUCGAAUAUUUCAUUGGAGAAAGGUAUAUGCAACAAGAUUUAUGAUUAGACAAUUAUCAUUUGAUUACAUGAAUACAGAAUUGAUAUGGAAUGGAUUAGCAGAAACCAUCUUAUUUAUUGCUCCAUUAAUUAAUUUUAAAAAAUUAUGGACAUUUUUGAAUCGAGUAUGGGAUUGGAUGAGAAUGAAAGAGAUGGUUUAUUCGAAGCACAUGAUGUCCUUCCAUCAUCAUCCUACUACUACCACCCAUACUACUACUACUACUACUACCAAUAGGAAUCAAUCUCAAAUCGACAGUGACCAUUCUGACCAAUCUCAAAUCAAUAAUUCUUACUACUCGAAUCAAGAAUGUCCAUUUUGUAAUGCUAAUCCUAUUCUAAUACCCUAUGUGAGUCAUGAUGGUGUCUGUAAACAUCGAUUCUGUUAUUAUUGCAUUGAAAAUGCAUUAUUGAAUGAUUCGAGUGAUCACUGUGUGAAUUGUCCAUCUUGUUCCAAAGAAAUUACAAAAUCAAAAAGAUUUUAUGGAUAG